ACUCUAAUCUUUUCCGAUGAACCUUGAAGACUAUCUUGAUCACGUUCGCAUUCCUGACUCAUCCACAUCUAUAUAUGUAGAUGAGUGUGCCUAUACAUUUCAUACCCAGGAAUAUGCAAACGGCUUAUUCGUCGACUUGCAUUCUUAUGUGGCGUUUUCCUUUGAAUACGUGCAACUGAAUUACCAGAGGACGAACCAUGCGGUCUAUCUCAAUAUAUACAAGGAGCGCGUUGCGAAGAUGAGAGAGGAGGCCAUUGAAGCGAUAGUCAAGCCGGAGAUGGUAGACAACGAAGAAGGGGCCAAGCUUUUGAAGUCGUGGUUGAACGAGGGCGAUUACGAGUAUGAGGUAUUGUAUUCCUUGGUGGUGUUACCUGAUUACGAGCGUUUCGAGGUGUCUGAGGACGCGUUACCGCCGAAGUUUUACCGGGCGGUUGAAGGCUUGCAAUUAAUGUUGGCAGCAGGUGGGGGCGCGCCGGAGGCGUCUUCUGGUUUGGUUGAGGUAGAGCCCCUGGAGUCGAAGUACGCUUAUGGAUUGUAUCAGGAGGAGGUCGAGAAGAAGGUGCCGAGAACAGGAUGGGCGUGUGCGAUUUGUGGUUUGACACAAAAUUUGUGGCUAAACUUGAGCGACGGUAUAAUUUUGUGUGGGAGGAAGUCGUACGAUGGAACAGGUGGGAAUGGUCAUGCGUUGGAUCACUACAACGAGACAGGGUAUCCUUUGGUGGUUAAGUUGGGGACGAUUUCUCCUUACGGUCGGAUUGACGUGUAUUCAUAUGCGCCCGACGAGAACGACACAGUGAUAGAUCCCCUGAUAGAGAGGCAUUUACUUCACUGGGGAAUUGACAUUCAAGAGAUGAAAAAGACUGAACAGACGACGUCCGAGAUGGAGAAGCGUCUUCAAUAUUCACACGAGUGGUCUCAGAUUUCCGAGGAGGACAAAGGUCUAGAGCCAGUGUACGGGCCUGGAUAUACAGGAAUGAUUAACUUGGGGAACACGUGCUACAUGGCGUCUAUUAUGCAGGUGUUCUUUUCGAUUCCCGCGAUUCAGUUGUGGUUUUAUCAUCAGGCAGGUUAUAUCUUUGAUGUGUCUCGCACCGACGUGCCUCCAACGGAUUUUUAUGUACAGUUGGCGAAGCUUGCAAACGGGCUGAUGUCUGGAGAGUAUUCUACGAAGCCCGACGACGAGGAGAAGUCCGAGCUGGAGGCGUUGGCAGCCAAAAGCGCUUUCAAGGUACAACUUGCUCAAGUUUUGUCCGAGGAAAAAGGAACUCGUUCUGAUUGGCCGUCCUGUCCGCCGGGUUGUCUGAGCGCUUUCCCGAAGUAUCGAGAGCGCGGAAUUCGUCCGACGAUGUUUCGAAACCUCAUCAAGAACAUUCAUGCCGACUAUGCGUCGAGUCACCAGCAAGACGCGAUGGAGUUUUUCCCUCGUUUACUGGAGUACUUGGCCAAGACAGAGAAGCAAUAUUUUUCCGAGGACGCGUUUGGCGAGUCGAUUCCGAGCAUGUCGUCGCUCUUUGAUUUUUUGCUGGAAGAGCGCACGUUGUACCGCGAUACUUCUCGAGUUCGGUACACGACUACGCGGAGCCAGGUAUUGACUCUGUCAAUUCCGUUCGAUCGUCUCGAGAACAAAGAGCAGUAUGAGCGAUAUUUGGAGCAGCGAAUGGCGGCCGAGAAUGACGAAGAUGUGGCGUUGGUCGUGCCGGUCGUUAGUUUAACGGAUUGCCUCGACUAUCUGACCGAGGAGAAACCGCUGGAUGACUCCGGAAUGUCCGUCCAGUCCCUGCGACUGGCGAGCAUGCCGGCUUACCUUGUACUCGAAAUUCACCGGUUCUACACAGAGAACUGGGUAUCCAAGAAGCUGGAUGUCAACGUGGUGUUACCCGACGAGUUGGACAUGGAAAAGUACAGGGGACGUGGCUUGCAGACCGGAGAAAUGGCGGUGUCUCCUCCACCUGAGUCCAAAAGCGCGCGUACGAGUCCUCCUAGCGACAAAAUAGAAAAGACGGGGGAAUGGGGUGAAAGCGUGCUUUUAUUGAUGGAAAUGGGGUUCAGCUACGAACGUGUCAUCCGUGCGCUCGACUGCUGUCAGGGAGACACUCAACGUGCCAUUGAAUGGUUGGUAUCUGGCCAAUCGAUGGACGAGGCUAAUACGGCACCGCCCCCGUCCUCUUCGGAAGAGACCCCGGAGCUGCCGGUGGAAGACGGGCCAGGGAAGUACGAGCUUUUCGCGACCGUCUCGCACAUAGGACAGUCAAUGGUGUGUGGGCAUUAUGUGUGUCAUAUCAAAAAAGAAGGGAAGUGGAUACUCUACAACGACGAAAAGGUCAUGCAGUCUCAUCAGCCUCCACUGGGCUUGGCAUACGGUUGUUUUUACCGGCGCAAGUCAUAACGCGAUAUAUAGAAUUCAGCAGCUUCUGAAGGUUCAAAUGCAUCUAAUAGUUUUCUAAAUACAAUUCAAAAGAGCGGAACAGUUAGCGGGUUUUCUGGCCGUGCACGGACGCAUUUUUCGUACCUUCUUGCGUGGACGAGUGAAGCACUUGAGCGAACUCUUCCAUGUACGAUAUUGACUCGAUCUGUUCGGAAAGCGAGUCUAUGACCGAAAACCCCGGAUUGAGGUGAAUCGACAGCGCGUCGUCUACCGUCGUAUGAUCACCACUCACACAAUAAUAGUCGCCAAAAUGGUUUAGAUGGCCGAAUUUUUCGGCGGGCAUUCUUUGCUCGAUGUGGUUAAUGGUCCACAGAGGGUCGUUUUCGAUAUUUUUUGACUCAAGCAUAGCCGAAUUUAGAUGAUUGUUCGUCGUUUUUACGACGCAUCCAUUCAUGUCGUAGGCGCUGGGUGAAUCCGUGAUCCACAGGCGGUCCAAGUAAUAACUGACGAGUUUCGAUCUCUCGUCCUCUACGGGCGGGGCCAAUUGGUCUCGACGACACGGGAUUAUCAAGUCAUCGUUCUGAAUUAGCUGGUCGAUGUUGUCUGGAAGGCUUUUUUUUCCGAAAACUGCGUUUUCUUCUGUCAUUGACGAAUAAUAGGCGCUUUUGCACACGGAUUCAUCGCUGCAUUUUCCAGAAGGCGACUCCACACCAAAUUCAUAGUUUUUCGGUCUAUAGUUUUGCUGAGAUCUAGACCAGUUUGACUGCUCUUCGCCAUAUCCUUGCUCGAACAAGUCCUCGGGAACCGCGUCAUCCAUCGACAGUUCGUCGACCUCCUGCGCCAGUGACUGCUUUUCUUUCUCUCCCUUCGCGAGCACGUUGCUCGAGAAGUCGCCUACCCCAUCCUGGGGGUCUGGCGCAGGGUCGAUACCCCUUCCGAGCGCACUCGAGCCUGCAAUCCAGCCGACGAACGAACGUUUAUCUUCCGCAUUGGACAGCUCUUGCAAUAGCACCAAAAUGUGCCGGCACACCUGUCGAAAUCGGCUAACGUUGUCGUCCUAGAAAAAACGCACGUCAAUGAGCCAAAUGCCUAAAAAAAACACAAAA